GUAGUUUUACAUUUUCAGCAGACUGUAGAAAGCGUUGAGCCCGAACACAAAGAAGAAGUUACUGCUGAAGCGCCAAAAGACGAAGCUACCAUUGAGGCACUGGAAGAAGAUCACUCAAAAGUCGGCACUCUUGAGGAAAAAUCUGCAGAACAGACCACUGCAGAGACGCUCGUAGCGUUCGAUAUAUCCGAUACUCCUGCAGACAGUGCUGCAGAAGAAGUUGCACCUGAGAAACCUGAAGAGGAACACGUGAAAAACGGUGCCUUGGAAAAUAAAGAAGCAGAAGAAGCCUCCACUACUACUGCUGCGGUAUCCCAAGAGAUUGAAAGCGAAAGUACACCUGCCGAGAAGGCCAAAGAGGAAUCAGCUGAACAACCAAAAUCCGAAAUGGUAGAGGAACAAGAUGUAGGGUCCCCGUCCGAAAAUGCAGUGCAAAAUCAACCAAAUGCUGCAGCUGAUAGACCAGUUAACGAGGCUCGGACGAACGGAAUAGAAAAACAGCCUGCACCGGUGAUUGCAGAGCUCCCAGGAACAGUCCCAGUAACGAAGGAUACCGACGAUUCUGUGGUGAAGAAGAUUCCAUCGCCUCCUAAUGAGUUCAUUGCGCAUCGUCUUCGUCGUGAACAAGAGCAGCGAGAACUCGAUGAGCGAAAAGCAAGAAUUGCGGCUAUUCUCGCUAAGUCACGCAAUCUGUCCAGUGCGACGACACCUCUCGUGGCAGGACGAACAUCACCACCGCGAAGCGAAUCUGCCCAAGAUGUUCUUAAGCGGCUUGCGUCGAAUGGCAAUCUUCCUGCAUUACAAAAACUCGUCGCUCGGCAUGCUACAGAGACAGCUGCUAUAGAGCAGUUCUCCGCUCCGGAGGAUCCAGCACCGCAAGCCAUCUAG